AUGGGAUUAAUCUAAAUAGAGCAUAAAUGUUUUGGUGUAAGAAUAAUAAAUAUAUUGAUUGAAUCAAUUUCUCUCCUGAUGGUAUUACAUUAGCAUCUGGUAGUUCAGAUAACUCUAUCCGUUUAUGGGAUGUUAAGACAGGAUAAUAAAAAGCCAAAUUUCACAAUUGUCAAUUCGCAUAUAUAUAUAUUGUAAAUAAGCAUUCUAGUUUUCAAGUAAGCGAAUCAAUUUAAUGGAUGCAUGAUCUACAAUAUUCGACACUGGAGAAAAGAGGAAAAAAAAGAAAAAAAAAGGAAACGUUUUAGGAGAAUUAAUUGA